AAAGCUAAGUUCACUACCUGAUUUUCCGCAAAUACUAAAUCCAAACCAGCGAAAAGUGAUUGAAAAUGGCUUGGAAAAUUGGAGGUAAUCGGGCAGCAAAGCUGUCGAUGCUCCUCGCCAACAGUUUGCUGUUGCUGAGUGCGGUCAAAGCCACCGAUUCGGGCCCGGAAUGGGACGACUUCGAGGAUGAUGAGAUGCUGGCCUAUGAGAGCCCGGUGAUCGAUGCAAAGAAGUUCCAUUUCGCGGACCACUUCGACGACGUGGAGGCGUCCAGGAAGAGGUGGGUGCUUUCGGAGGACAAGAAGGACGACAUCGCCGAGGAGAUCUCCAAGUACGAUGGCAUCUGGAACUGGGAGCCGCCGCAGCGCAGGGUAUGGGCAAACGAUCUGGGUCUGGUGCUUAAGUCGAAGGCCAAACAUGCGGCCAUAGCCGCCCCCCUUCAAAAGCCGUUCGAGUUCAAGUCGGAGAAGCCGCUGGUGGUGCAGUACGAGGUCACGGUUCAGAAGGGUCAGGAGUGCGGCGGUUCGUAUCUGAAACUUUUGUCCAUCGGAAAUGACACGGAGCAAGUAAAAGGGUUUAAUGACAAGACACCCUAUACCAUCAUGUUUGGACCGGACAAGUGCGGCAAGGAUGUGAAGAUGCACUUCAUAUUCCAGCACCUCAAUGGCACCGUCACCGAAAAGCACUGCAACAAACCAAAUAACAGUUUGGAAGAGCUAUUCAAGGACAAUCUACCCCAUCUCUACCAGCUGGUGGUCCGUCCAGAUAACAGUUUUGAAAUUCGCGUUGACCACAAGAUCAUCAAAGAGGGUUUCCUGCUGACCGAUUUCAAGCCGCCAGUUAACCCGCCGGCGGAGAUCGACGACCCCAAUGACCAUAAGCCAGAUUCGUGGGAUGAGCGAGAGAAGAUCCCGGACCCCAAUGUCCACAAGCCCGAGGAUUGGGACGAGAAUGCCACCAUACAGCUGCCCGAUGCCGACAUGAUUUUCGAUCCAACUGCCACCAAACCCGAAGAUUGGGAUACCGAAAUCGAUGGCGAGUGGAAGGCUCCAUUGGUAGAGAACCCAGUGUACAAGAAGGCCCAAAGCUGUGGCACCAUCCGCAAUCCCAACUACAAGGGCAAGUGGAUUGCACCAAUGAUCGAUAACCCAAACUACCAAGGCAAGUGGGCCCCCCGGAAGAUAGCCAAUCCGGAUCUCAACCCCUUCCAAAUGACGCCAAUCAGCGCCGUGGGCCUGGAGCUGUGGUCCAUGUCCAGCGAUAUUCUCUUCGACAACCUGAUCAUCACAGACGACGUGGAGGUGGCCCGUGACUUUGCGGCCAACAGCUUCGACAUCAAGCGUCGCUACAUCGAUCUUGAAUGGAACUCAAUUGUGAAUAAGGUAGUCGAGCAGGUGAAGGCCAAUCCCUCGAGCCCGGCCAUUGGCCUGCUGGCCAUUGUGGCGCUGGUUGCCCUCACCAUCUGGUGUGGAUCUGGUACCGCUAAGGUUCAGGACUCGGAUGCCAAAAAGGCUGAUGCCGAGGCCAAGAAGACCGACGACCCUCAGCCCGAUUAUGUGCCGAUUCCGUUGAAGGAGGAUGAGCAGAGCCCCGAAAAGGAUGCUGGCGAUACCACCAAGAAGAGCAUACAGCUGUCCGCUACCCCACGAGAAGAACCAAAAGUCCAAGGCGGCGAAGAACCAAAGCUUUCUUAGAUGACAACGUAUGGGCACACACAGACUGAGGAAUCUAACACUGAGAAGUAAGCGGGCAUUCAACCCCAGAUGCCAAAUUCGCCAGCUGUUGCAAGACAACAAAACAACCAAGUUACCAAGCAAAUCAAUCUACACACACACUACACUACUUGCUACGCAAAUCGACAAACGAUCUUGUUGCUGAUCGGAGCAUACUUUCCUGGGCUGCUAAUGAGAAUCCCUGUAAAAGGUCAAGGUGCAGCUCAACAGCCAAGCAGGACAUUGUUGCUGUUUUGCCAGCUUUCGCAGCUUAAGCCGCCUUUAUCGUUUUGUCGAGUACUUUAACAAAUUUACACCUGCAUUACUCAUACGCGCUGUUGGCAUGCCAUUUAUAUGUAGCUACAACUAAGCCCUCUUUCCCAUAUUUCUACGGCUUUUUUACGGCAAAUUCACCGGAUACGGGUACAAUAACUACAGCAGCAACACAACAAAAGGCCGAAACGAAGUUUAGUUAAUGAAUAAAAAAGCAAAC